ACAACAAGUAUCAACAUUUUUCAUAUAAUUUUCUCUAUUUGUUUACAACUAAUUCUCCUUUUAAUCCUUAAUAUCAAGAAAAGAAAAAAAGCAAUUAUCGUCUCUUCUCAGCCUGAUGAUGUUGUUGAUUUACUUUCUUCUUCGUUUAUAAGCAGUUGUUUGUGGAGUAUUUUGCUUUGGAAUUGUAUUACUACUACAACUAUCUAAAAACAACCUUUAUUGGGUCGUCACAUAGUAUUAAUUUCAUAUUUUUCAUAUACAAGGAUACAUUGUUGUUCAAAAAAAGAUUAAUACAAUUCCAAGCAAAAAAUGCAUGCAAACUUCUACGUUGAAAAAAGUAAAGAAAAACAAUAAAUCAUGGGUAAAUAAAACAAAGACAAAACAAAUUAUUUCUUAUAUAAAAAACUACUACCAGAACAUUUUUACAAACUAAUCAAAAAAAACUAUUGGCCAUUGUAACGCUCAGAUCAGGGACAACAAGGGUAAACACACUUAAACACACGCUUACCCAGCAACCAAUUGUUUGCUAAACUCCAAGUUUAACUGGCAAGAUUACAACUUCCCAAAAAAAAGGAAAGCAAAGGGCUGUAAUUAAAUUGAAACCAUAAAAGAGGCGUUCAGUGGGAGCUAAGGAAGAAGAGAAGGAGAUGUGUAUAAAGAAAGAGUGGUUUUUUGAUAAUACAUACUAAAUUUUUUCUCUUUUUUCUUUACAUAACUUAUGUAUUUCUCUUUUUUUUUUUUAAACAAAACCCUCAAAAAACAACAAAAAAAUAUUUGCAUUUUUCUUUAUAGUGGCGAAGAGGAUACAGAUUCAUUGGAUAUUAAACCACCACAGGCUCAUGUAUCUCGCGAUUCGAGUAGUUCUAGACGUAAGGAAAAAUCGAAGGAUAAAAAACAUUCCAAAGAACGUAGACACAAGGAACGUUACGCCGAUGCAGGAGGUGGACGUGAUAAAGAAAAGGAUUAUCAUCGAGAUAGCCGACAAGUUGAACGUAGAAACGAUGUGGAGCGUAAAGAAAUAAGACGAGGCAAUGGUGAGGAACGUUAUCAGCUGCAGAAGAGUGGCUACGAUCGGGAGGAUUAUAUGGCUGGAGGAGAAAAGCGUUAUCAUAAACAUUAUGAUGAUGCUGCUACGGGUUCGCGUGGCAGUGGUAAUAUUUAUCAUGGCAGUUACCAUAGUCAUCAGGAACAUCAAUACCAACAUCAUCAUCAUCAUCAGCAACAGCAGCAGCAUCAUCAUCAUCAUCAUGCCCAAAUACAAAUGCAACAUCGUCAACGUCAAGAUUACUAUGAACACCGGAGACAACAAGACUACCAUCAUCCACCACCCACCGAUUAUCAUGGCCAACGUCAUCACCAGCAGCAACACAAUCAAGCCUAUGAAGUUUCUCGUGGUGGAGCUCAAAAAUAUCAUGAUCAUGAUAUGGAGAAACGUAAAUAUGGCUCAUACGAUCAAGCCAAAGAUCCUGAAAGUCUAGAACAAGACUUACGUUCAAGACUUUUAAGCAAACGUCAUAAAUAUGUUAAAGAUGAUAGUGCAGAAGAGGUGGGUGUUGCUAGAGAUGAUUCAUAUGAACGUUUAUAUGAGGAGCGAGAACAUGAACGUAACUCCAAAGCAGAACGUCGCAAGGCUAGACGUUUAAAGGGGCGCGAUGCUAUAAUAGAAGUGGUAGACAGUCCGGAUGCCGAAGAAAAUCUACGUCAUUCGCAACGCAAAAAACAUAAACGCCAUAAAGAAAAGCAUGAGAAGCGAACAGCCUUAGAUGAUAUUAUACCGCCUAAAAAUUCAGCAGCUGUUGCUGCCCAUUUACCUGUAACAGCAGAAAAGAGACGUUCUCCCGAGGACCCAGAACUUAUAGCUCGUAGAGCAAAACUGCUGGCCGCCGAACAAGAAAAGGAGAAACGCAAGGAAAUUGCCCGCAAGGAACUAGAAGCACGCCGUGAAUUGAGAAGAGAUCGUACUUUGGAUACUUUAAGUCCCACCGCUGUGGCGGCCAGUGUAACCGCCGGUUUAAAUGUUCAAAUUAAACGUAAGAAGAGCGACGAAGAGGAAAAAACAAAACGGAAACGUAUUAAAAAGUCCAAGGACAGUGAGGAAGAUGAUGACGAAGAUGUUGACCGAGAUGAAGAAGACGAUGAAGAUGCUAGUGACUCUUCCGAUGACAGUCGUGACGAUGAAGAAGAUAGCGUUAGUAACUCUGGCAGCGAUAGCGAUCACAGUAAUUACAAAAAAAGUAAAUCGAAAAAGAAGAAACGAGCGAAUCAUAGUGAUGGUGAAGUCUCCUUACCCGAAAGUCCUUUGUCAAUAGGAGAAUUGUCCAAAUCUCCCAAUAAAUCAUCGAAGAAAAAAGCGAAAAAGAAGAAACAUUCUGCCAAAAGCAAAUAUUCCGAUGAUGAAGACAACGAAGAGGAAGAGGAGAAACAUAAUAAACGUUCUUCUAGAUCCAAUUCAAUAUCACUGUCACCCAGCCGUUCAAGAUCGCGAACACGUUCGCAUACACCCGCCCGUUCUAGAUCACGCUCCAGAUCCCGUUCAUCACAUUCUUCUCUCACGGCUAGCUCUAGAUCACGUUCAAGAUCUCGUUCAUCCGAACGCAGUAGAUCAAGAUCUCGUUCUCAUUCUAGCUCAAGAUCACGUUCUCGUUCACGUACCUCCCGCAGUCGUAGUCUAUCGAAAUCACGUUCACGUUCUCGUUCAGAUUCACGUACGCGCAGUGAAGAACGUGAUAUGAAGGCCAAUUCACGCAAAGAGGAGAAGGAAUCAAAAGACAAAUUGUCCUCCUCAGAGGCGGAUAAGAGAAAUCACGAAGAUGCUGAAGAUUUGCCCGCCAUGGAUGACAAAGGUAAUCCCUUACCCAAUUACUAUCCCGGUAUACAGGGUUGUCGUUCGGUAGAAGAGUUCCAAUGCCUUAAUCGCAUAGAGGAGGGUACUUAUGGUGUUGUUUAUCGCGCCAAAGAUAAACGUACAAAUGAAAUUGUCGCCCUUAAACGGCUCAAAAUGGAAAAAGAAAAAGAAGGCUUUCCCAUUACCUCACUGCGUGAAAUCAAUACUUUACUCAAGGGUCAACAUCCCAAUAUUGUUACGGUGCGCGAAAUAGUUGUCGGUUCAAAUAUGGAUAAAAUUUUCAUUGUUAUGGAUUAUGUAGAACACGAUUUGAAAUCGUUAAUGGAAACUAUGAAGGCGAAAAAGCAAUCCUUUUUCCCCGGUGAAAUUAAAUGUCUAACGCAACAGCUGCUCAGAGCAGUGGGUCAUUUGCAUGACAAUUGGAUUUUGCACAGAGAUUUGAAGACCUCUAAUCUUUUGCUAUCGCACAAAGGCAUUUUGAAAGUGGGCGAUUUUGGUUUGGCGCGUGAAUAUGGUUCUCCAUUAAAGAAAUAUACCUCAUUGGUGGUGACAUUGUGGUACAGAGCUCCAGAGUUGCUGUUAUGUUCGCCCGAAUAUUCGACACCAAUUGAUAUAUGGUCGGUGGGUUGUAUAUUUGCAGAAUUUCUACAAAUGGCUCCUAUAUUCCCAGGAAAAUCCGAGGUGGAUGAAUUAAAUCGGAUAUUUAAGGAACUGGGAACUCCCAACGAGAAAAUUUGGCCUGGCUACAAUCAACUACCAGCGGUCAAAAAUAUGCUUAGCCAAAACUCGCAAUUUGCCGAUUAUCCCGUGUCCAGUUUGAGAAAACAUUUUGCCGACAAAACUUCCGAAGCCGGCAUUGACUUAUUACAGGGUCUUUUAACCUAUGAUCCCAAACAAAGAUUGUCCGCCGAUACCGCAUUAAAACAUCAAUAUUUCAAAGAACUGCCAGUACCUAUUGAUCCAUCCAUGUUUCCCACCUGGCCAGCUAAAAGUGAAUUGGGUGCACGCAAAGCUCUGGCCUCCUCACCGAAACCACCUUCCGGAGGUUCCCAAUUUAAACAAUUGGGUAAAGAUGAUCUGGCUGGCACCGGUAGUGGCGGUAAAAUUAUAUCUGGCAUUAUAACCGGAAAUAAGAAAACUUCUGCUAAUACCGGCUUUGUCCUAAAUGCUGGUAUCGAUCAAAGACAAUUAGCCAUGGGACCCGGUUUUAAUUUGAAAUUCUAAACAGUUUCGUUUCUUCUAUGCGUGUAAUAGACUUUUAAUCUCUUAAACAAAAACAUCUUAAAGAUUAAUUAAAUUGCCACAACGUUUUUUGUUAAUUUUUUUUAUUAUACUUACAUAGUAAAUAAGUCGUGUCCUUAUAGGGGUGUGUUAAAUUUAAAUCGCAAAACAUUAAAUAUUAACCGUCAUUAUAUCAGAUUUUUUAUAACAACAUCAUUGUUAUUGAAAGCUUAGUUUAAAGCUUAUAAACAUUUACACAAUACUAUAUAAACUCUUUAUAUUUUUAUAUUAGUACAUACUUAUUAAAUUAAAUCAAAAUGUGUAAUUUCCUUUUUUCUUCUUUAUUUUCCACAAAAUUUUCUUAAUUUUAGUUUUUUUCUUUUUUUUUUUUGUUUUCUUUUCUUAAGUUAUGUUUAUUCUUUAAUAUUUUUACAAAAUAUCGUAAGUUAUUCCUAAAAAAAAUAAAACAACAAAAAAAUAUGAAAACAUGUAAAAAAUACAUAAAUAUAUAGUUUUGGAUAAAAAC